CAUUAGUAUCAUUCAGAAGAUACCAUUGCUACAAAUCCCUGAAAAUAAAGAGCCAUGGACCUUAUGUUGCUCCUAGCUAUACUUUUAUCUCUUUCGUCUUUAUAUGUAAUCAGAAGCAAGGCCUCAAAUGCUAACCUCCCUCCUGGACCUCGAGCCUUGCCUUUUAUUGGCCAUUUUCACCUCCUAAAAUCCCCACUUGCUAGGUCAUUGUCCCAUCUCUCCAGUAAAUAUGGUCCCAUUUUUAGCCUUCGCCUGGGAAUGAAGCCUGUUGUGGUUGUAUCCUCACCUAGUCUUGCACAAGAAUGCUUCACCAAGAAUGACCUUCCAUUUGCAUCUAGGCCUCGCUUAGCAGUUGGAAAAUAUCUCGGCUAUGACUAUAACACAGUAGUUAUGGGUCCCUACGGUGCCCAUUGGCGAACAGUGCGAAAAAUUCAAACACUUGAGCUUCUUUCUUUGAAGAAAGUCGAGAUGUUUGCUGAAGUUCGCUAUGAAGAAGUAUCGUCAUUGCUAAGAAACUUAGUUGAGUCUUCUGAUAGAGAAGCGGUGGUAAAUAUGAAAGACAAGAUCAAUGAGACUAUAUUUAGCGUCAUUGUUAAGAUGGUGGCCAAUAAAAGCUAUUAUGGAUGUGAUGGGGUUGAUAAUCGAGAAGAUGCAAAGGAGUUUAGAGAGGCUAUUGAUGAGACAUUCAUGUUGAUGGGACAGUUGAACUUAGGGGAUUAUAUUCCAUCUCUUGGGUGGUUGGAUCUCCAGGGGCUUAUCCGACUUAUGAAAGCAUUGCAUAGGAAGAGAGAUAGAAUUUUGCAAGGGCUUGUGGAUGAGCAUAGGAAAUUGAGGAGUGAAGGUGAGAUCUUCAUGCCUGAUUUUGUUCACAUGUUGCUUGACAUGAAAGAGAAGGAUCCCGAGUAUUUCACAGACAAUUUGAUCAAGAGUGUUUUUGUGGUAAUGAUCACUGCUGGAACAGAGACCACGGCGGGCACUCUAGAGUGGGCCUUAGCUCUCCUUCUCAACCACCCCGAAGCCCUUCACAGAGCUCAAACUGAGCUAGACCACCACAUUGGAAGGGAGCGACUGGUCCAAGAAUCUGACCUCUCUAAGUUAGAGUACCUUCGAGCCAUCAUCAACGAGACAUUGCGUUUGUACCCUCCAGGCCCCACCAUCCAUGAGUCCACAGAAAAGUGCACCCUCGCUGGCUACACUGUGCCCAAGGGAACCAUGCUCUUGGUGAACUCGUAUUGCAUACAUAGGGACCCUGACUCAUGGCCCGAGCCCUUGAGUUUCAAGCCUGAGAGGUUUAUGGGAAGUGGGAUCGACAUAAAGGGCCACGAUUUCAGGAUGAUUCCAUUUGGGUCGGGGAGGAGAAGCUGUCCCGGCAUGGGGUUGGCAUUGAGGUCGGUGGAGUAUGUGCUCGCGAGCUUGUUGCAUGGGUUUGAGUGGCGGAGGGAGAGCCCUGAGCUGAUUGAUAUGACUGAGGGUGGGGGGCUCUCUUUACCAAGGAUGGUGCCCUUGAGGGCAAUUGUGACCCGUCGACUCUCACCUCAUGUCAAGAUCAUAGCCGGAAUAGAGACAACUGGAAGGGACCCUGACUCAUGGUCUGAACCUUUGCAGUUCAAGCCAGAGAGGUUUAAAGGGAGUAGGGUUGAUAUAAAGGGCUGUGAUUUUAGGCUCAUUGCUUUCGGUUCAGGGAGUAGGAACUGUCCUGGCAUUGAGCUGAAUCAAAUGAUUCGACUUGGAACAACCAAAUUUUCAUUACACUGGCUUCGAUCUAAUACUUUGUACCAAUGGUUUAAAAAACGGAUUAAGAAAUAUGGCCCCAUUUUUUGGCUUAGGCUUGGAAUGAAACCUGUUGUGGUUGUCUCCUCACCUAUUCUUGCAAAAGAAUGCUUCACCACAAAUGACAUCGCCUUUGCAUCUAGGCCUAGAACAGCUGCUGGGAAAUACCUUGGAUAUGACUACAUAUCAGUUGUUUGGGCCCCAUAUGGUGAUCACUGGCGAACAUUGCGAAAAAUUCAAACGGUCGAGCUUCUAUCCUCGAAGAAAAUUGAGAUGUUUGCAAAUGUUCGUCGUGAACAAGUUGCUGCGCUUUUCCAAAGUCUGCUUGAGUCUUCGGAUGAAGGAGAGGUGGUGAACAUGAAGGAUAAGAUCACUGAGACUAUCUUUAGUGUAAUUGUUAAGAUAGUGGCCAACAAAAGUUAUUAUGGAUGUGGGGUUGAGGAUCUAGAGGUGGCAAAGGAAUUCAGGGAAGUGAUCGAUGAGACAUUUGUGUUGACAGGGAAGUUGAAUUUGGGUGAUUAUAUUCCAUUCCUUAGGUGGAUUGAUCUUCAGGGCAUGACCAGGCUUAUGAAAUUGUUGCAGAGGAGGAGAGAUAGGAUUAUGCAGGGAAUUGUGGAUGAGCAUAGGAAAUUGAGAAGCAGUGGAGGCGGCCAGUUGAAGCCGGAUUUUGUUCACUUGUUGCUUGAUAUGAAAGAUAAGGAUCCCGAGUAUUUCACCGAUGAUUUGAUCAAGAGUACAAUUGUGGUUAUGAUUACAGCCGGAACAGAAACCACAGCUGUCACCAUAGAAUGGGUGCUGGCCCUCCUCCUCAACCAUCCUGAAGCCCUUCAAAAAGCUCAAACUGAGCUUGACCAACAAGUUGGAAGGGAGCGAUUAGUUGAAGAAUCUGACUUGCCCAAGCUCGAGUACCUUCGAGCCGUUCUCUAUGAGACAUUACGCUUAUACCCUCCCGGCCCCACUCUUGUACCUCACGAGUCGAACACAAAGUGCACCUUAGGUGGAUAUACUAUUCCCAAAGGCACCCUGCUUUUGGUGAAUGCAUGGCACAUACAUAGGGACCCUGACGUGUGGCCCGAGCCUUUGAGUUUCAAACCUGAGAGGUUUAUAGAGAGUGAUAUUGAUGUGAAGGGUCAAGAUUUUAGAGUGAUCCCAUUCGGUUCGGGGAGGAGGAGCUGCCCUGGCAUGGGGUUGGCCUUGAGGUCGGUGGAGUUUGUGCUCGCGAAUUUGUUGCAUGCUUUUGAGUGGCGGAGAGAGGGGACUGAGCUGCUCGAUAUGUCAGAGGGUGUCAGCCUCACAAUGCCGAGGGCCGUGCCUUUGAAGGCGUUUGCAACUCCUCGUCUCUCACGUCAGUUGUACCCUAUUGCAUGAUAUAUACAUGUGGUUAUAAUGACUUCAUGUAUUUAUACACAUGAGAGAGAGAGAGAGAGAGAGAGAGAGAGAGAGAGAGAUCUGUCUACAUGAUCAAUAUCUUUGAGAUGUGUGUAUGAUGUAGCUUAAAUAAAUCCACCACUGAUCUAUUGGAAAGAUAUGGAUUUGUACUACCCUAUCUCAGAACGUCUUGGAAAAGUAUGCAGUAAAUAGUUUCGUAAUAAAAAGUUAAGGCUUAGAUGCUGACGAUGA